AUGAAGGGAGGAUUGCCGAAAGUGAGGUGGGCGACAUGGAUUCCACACGGCAGCAUGAAGGAUAUCUUCAUUGGCGACUACGACUACAAAUAUCUUUUCAUGCCUAAAUGGCCUUAUUGCCGCAAGGAUACAACAGACAGGCUGCCACCUUUUUUUGCUGUGAAUGAGCCCCUACCAAUCUUACUGGCCCUUAUCAUGGGGCUGCAGCAUGCCUUGGCUAUGACAGGAGGCAUCGUGCUGGGACCCAUCAUUGUGGCAUCAUCCAACCCCAACGUCAACAUCACCCAAUAUCUGACAUCAGUUGCCCUGAUGGCCUGUGGUAUUGGCACCUUCUUCCAUGUGGUCCGCUUCAAGAUCCCAUUCACACGAUACUACUAUGGAACUGGCAUUGUGUCGGUGCUGGGAAUCACAACCACACAGAUUGUGAUUGGGCUGAAUAGCAUCAGCAGCCUAAUGGAGCAAGGCUACAGUUGGAAUGAUGCCUAUGGCAAAUUUCUGGGGACCAACAUGGUGUGUUCCUUCGCCACCACCCUCAUCUCUUUUCUUCCUCCCAGGGUUCUGAGGAAGCUGUUCCCAACCUGGAUUGCUGGCCUCACUGUCUUCCUGGUUGGCGUUAACCUGAUUGGGGUCGCUGGUAUCUCGGACUGGGGUGGUGGAUGCUCUCUGCUCAACUCCACGACUGGUCUGCCUCAGAACUGUAGUGGCAAUGGUCAGGUGGAGCUUCCUUUCGGCUCUCGCGAGUACCUGGGCCUGGGUGGACUGGCAUUCAUCUUCAUCAUCCUGCUGGAGACCUUUGGAUCGCCAUUUGCUAGAAACUCUGCAAUUAUUUUGGCCUGGUUGAUGGCAUAUGCUGUGGCUGCCAUUGUGAAGAAGGAUGGCAAGCCAUAUGUGGACAUGGCUGCUGUGAAUGAAGCUCCUGCUGGCACCUUCUUCUGGGUUCACACAUUCAAGCUAGGCAUCUAUCCUGGCGCAAUCUUGCCCUUCAUCAUUGGGUACUGGGCAGAUGCUGCCACAGCUGUAGGAGACGUCACAGCCACUGAGGAAGCUUCUGGCAUUGAACAGAGAGGCCCGGCCCACGAUGAGAGGAUUCAGGGUUGUCUGCUUGCUGAUGGUUUCAACUGCUUCCUGGCCAGUUGCGCAACCUCCCCUCCCGUCAAUGUGUUUGCCCAGAAUAAUGGAAUCAUUGCCUUCACACUUUGCGCCUCCCGUAUGGCUGGUGUUGCCACCGCCUUCUGGCUCUUCAUCUUUGGCGUUCUUGGAAAGAUUGGAGCCUUCUUUGCCAAUACGCCAACCUGUGUGAUUGGAGGCAUCACCACAUUCCUCUUUGGCUCCAUUGCCUUGUCUGGCAUCAAGGUGCUCAUGAAUGAGGGCAUUGACAGGAGGCGCCGUUUCAUUGCUACUGUCUCCUGUGCUCUGGGCAUUGGGGUGAUCAUCAACCCAGGCUGGGCCACAGACAACCUGUGGGUGGCCACCGACACCAUGCCUUCUGGAGUUCGUGCAGUCAGAGACAGCGUUAUUCUGGUUCUGGAGACUGGGUAUGUGUUUGGGUGGCUGGUGGCCAUGGUCCUCAACCUCAUUGUCCCUUAUGAGACUGGUGACCCAAUGGAGCGUAUCAGGGCUGCCAGGAAGGCCAAGGGACUGAUUGUGCCCCUGAGCGAAGAAGAGGGACGUGCCAUUGAGGAGAACCAGAUUGCCAACCCUAAGAUGGGCUUUGAGGGUGACAGUGCUCACCCACAGCCUGUUGUUGUGCCACUUGAUGACAGGAGAAUGCCAAUCAAUCAGGCAGGCUUGGCAGCUGUGCCAGCAAAUUCAGACUACCCCGGCACCUCAUAUCCCCCCGUUGCCUGA